ACAUAGUAGUUGUUAGUACCGUACGGUAAGUUGACCAUGGGAUUUUGAUCAAGCUCGAUAGGUUGAUGUCGAUAGCGCAUCAGCAUUAGACAAACACAUUAAUCUUUAUUUAGUUGGUGGUUGGUGAGAUGUUGCGGUGCAGGUAUUGCGAUGGGUUUAGAUCGGGUAGCAAGCGUACACGGCAAGAAUCCAGCGACGAGACUGCACCCGUUGUUGUAGAACUAAGCGGCAGSCGUCUUUCCAUCCGUUUCUAAUCAUACUGUUUCCAUUCAUCUCUUCACAUUCAACUGGCGCGUAGUUUACUUUUUUAUUACAAUAAAUUCAAGAUGGGUAAGCCAAAUGGACUCCGAACCGGGCGCAAGCUCCGAAUCCACCGACGAAACCAACGUUGGCAGGAUAAGAAAUACUGCAAGGCCAACUCUAUCACCGCCAUGAAGGCCAACCCUAUGGGAGGAUCCACAAUGGCUAAGGGAAUUGUCUUGGAAAAGAUCGGUAUUGAGGCCAAGCAGCCUAACUCCGCUAUCCGUAAAUGCGUUCGUGUUCAAUUGAUUAAGAACGGAAAGAAGAUUGCCGCAUUCGUCCCACGUGAUGGUUGUCUGAACUAUGUUGAUGAGAACGACGAAGUAUUGAUCGCCGGUUUCGGUCGUUCCGGUCACUCCGUUGGAGAUAUUGCCGGAGUCCGAUUCAAGGUCGUCAAGGUUUCGGGAGUAUCGCUUUGGGCCCUAUACAAGGAAAAGAAGGAGAAGCCUCGUUCGUAAACAAUAACAAUACAACAAUAUAUAAAAUCACCAACC